AUGGUUUCGAGUGAUGGCGAUGCCUUACCGUUUGCUGACCGUCAGAGAUCCUCCCAACUUCUCUCAGCGGCGGAUCACUGGAGAUCUGUAAGAGAAUCGGUGCUAUCACCCACUCCAUCUGUUUAUCAUGAUGCUCAAAACCGUUCCGGACUCGCGGCAGAAGAGGAACACGAGAUCAUUUCGCAGGCCCCGAGUGAGUCGGGGGAGUCUUUUGAGACUGCGACUUCGGCAAAUCAGUCAUCCGCAGCGCCUUCGUUCGAUACAUGUACCCAGGAGGUUCGAAGACAGCGAUCCAGAAGCCAAGAACACAUUGAAAUUAUACCGGAGAACGACGAGCCAGUAUCGAGAAAAGGAAUUCAGUAUGAAGACACUGUCAAAGGUUGUGGGUACCCGGAAAUACCAGACCCGGAAGAUUCAGCGCGGAUUCUCAAGCCCACAGACUUACGAAAACAACGGAUUCUAUUCCUCGGUAUAAUUCUCAUCUUAAAUGUCGGUUGCGCCUGCGGCGCAUUGUUUGGCAAUCAAAACGUCUGGGUCCUCUGUUUCAUAUUAUUUGUCAAGAGCAAGGAUGUUCUUUCGGUCAUCCUAUCAGUGGUCUUCUUAAUGCUCAGAGAAGUAUACGCAUAUUUCAAGCCACCACUCGAGAUUCCGCGACAGUGGAUUCUCACGUUAAUACCAACUUUCUCUGAAAGUGAGGAUCAAAUCGUCAAAACUAUAUACUCUCUCCGCGACAACGACGUAUAUCCUCACCGCCAAGUCAUGGUAGUGGUACUCGAUGGCAGACCAAGAGACGUUAGACGCCACAUGACAUUCAUUGUACGAGAGUUUGAACGGCCUUAUGUUUCCCUCAAGCACAGACGUGGUGUAUUAAAGAUCGCUGCCGGCUUCAUGCAGGAUGUUCCUGUGAUAGUUAUUGAGAAGGUCAAAAACUGUGGUAAAAAGGAUUCCUUGGUCUUAUGCCACGACCUGUUCAAUGUACCGCGGGAGAACAUACCGUACUACACAAGGCUCCUACGGCACGAGAUCUGGACCGGAGUGCUACCUAUACUUACGGAGGGCCAAGGUUUCGACCAUUUUGACAUGGUCUUCUGUACCGAUGCCGACUCAACAAUCCACAAGGGAGCGGUAGCAAGCCUAGCAAAUGCACUUGUUAAAGACAAGAAUGCAAUUGCAGCUUGUGGUUUGGUAUUUGUAGAGAUAGAACCAGGCUUUGAGUGGUCUUUUUGGAAUAUUUACCAGCAAUUUCAGUAUGCAUUUGGCCAGUAUGUACGGAGAAGGGCUGAGGGCUUCAUUGGAAAGGUCACCUGUUUACCAGGAUGUAUCACCAUGAUAGCAGUUCGGGAAGAGAUGGCCGGUGCCAUUAGAAAAUACGCGGAGCCAGUAACCAUAUACCCUGUGAUCUACCAUCAGGUUCAAUACCUCGGCACUGACCGGCGGCUGACUUAUGCCAUGCUCUCGCAAGGCAGACACCUGCACACUCUUUUCGUCCCCGGAGCAAUAAGCGAGACUAUAGCUCCGCAGUCACUGCAGCAUUACCUCAGCCAGCGUCGACGCUGGGGCUCAAAUGCCUAUUUCAACAAUUUCUUCUACUGCUUUGGAGAAAAGAUUAUACUAGCCACGCGAUUUGCGGCUCUUAUUGAAGUGGUGCGCAUGACAACGAUAUACUAUCGUAUUAUGAACACCUGCUUGUUUAUCAAAGGACUCAUAACCGAAGACUUUGAUCUUAUCCAGCUCGUCCCCUUACUGAUCAUCAGUCAGGUUCCGAAUAUGUGGUUCAUCUCUAUGUUGUUCAUACAACCAGAGCUGAGAAAACGAUCAUUCAAGCUUUUAAUCGGUUACGUUCUCAACAAGCUGGUAUCUCCGUUCUUGUCCAUUGUAAUUUUCACAAAGGUGGUACGACAUUUGGGUACGCAAGUAUGGGGCGUAUCUGGCAUUACUGCUUCAUCCGCACCAGCUGCCACAUCUGUAGCAGAGCAAGAGGGUGAUAUUGCACCAUCAGCAGCAGAGAAGGGUGUAUCAAAAGCAUCGCUGGCAAUGACUUUGGACGACGCCAAAAGCGGAUACAGCGAAUAUUGGGAUCUGGAGUCCACCCACGAGCUAUUGUGA